AUGCACAACAUCGACCUCGCCGUGAUCCCAGACUUGGCGAUUUCACUGCUGCUGGAUUGGACUGACAACCAGGAUUAUGUAGCAGGUCCCCACAGGCCUACUCGGCUGCGUGCUUUGUAUGAGAGCUACAACAAUUUUAUUGGACGUGACAUCGAUCGAGCAGAUGCCAAGCUCUUCAAUGCAGAGGUCUUGAAACCCAACUCCAAUACUUUUGUGAGUGUUUCCCAGCACUACCUUUCAGCGGCCGCUGCUCGCGGGCUUUUGGUAUGGAUGGCAAAAGUGGCUGAGGAUUUCGCUGCCGCAGCUCCGACGAGGGAGAAUCACUGGCGAGCUGGUGCGUGCUUGGGACUGCUGAAACUUCAGCAGAUAGCUAUGGACAAUGGGCGUGUUCUGCCUGAAGAUCAGCGUGAGCUGUCCGUGGAGUAUUAUCUGCUCUUCAGAACUUGCUGGAAUGAACUGGACCCCAGAGCGCGCGAGGAGGAGGCACAGGAGGAGGGGGAUCAGCGCCGGCCGAAAUAUCGCCACCGCGAGGACAGCAAGGGCAAGGGACCAUCGCCAGAUUCAUGGUCCGGCUGGCGAAAGUCGAACAACGAGGGAAAAGCCCCGUGGCCGAAGCAGCAGAACGCCGAGACCGCGGAGCAGACGACCGGUCUGGAUGCCCAGACUCAGGAGCUGGUCAAGGGGAUGGCCAAGCUCCUGAUCAAGCACGAGCAAGAGCUCAUGCGGAUCCGCCCAGAUAUGGGGUUUGUGAUCUUCGCCGAUACUUCGGACCUUGGCUGCCUCGCCAUGAUGAGAGGGGUCACCAAGACCUGGCAGGAGAAAUACGACGACGGCAGCGUCAACAUUGCCCUCAAGACGAUGCUGCUCAUGGCUGUGAUGCAGCUCCUGAAGGAGAAAACCGAAGCAGUGUUGGGGAGCGAGGAAAAGCUGAUGAAGUGCAAGGAAGUGGCGUGGAUGGUCUCGACGGAGGCGGCACUGAACCCGAGCUGGGUCUACCACACCUGGGACCCGGCCAAGAAGUGCCAGGGUGUCGAUCAGCCGCAGACACUCGGCAUGCUUCAGCGGUGGGUCCGUGGCCACCACCUCAUCGAGAACCUGCCCAAGGAUGGCGUGCUGACCAAGUUCUCCACACCACGAGGCCUGCAGGACAGCUACGAAGAGGAAGUAGUGCCCUUCAAUCUGACGCUCAGCCUCCGGGGUACAGCGAGCGACCAAUGCCACGCAGCCCUGCGAGCUCUGAGCGGCUGCGCGGUGAUGAAACUGGUCGGACUCCGCAUGAGACCGGAGCGAGUGAACAAGCCGCCGCUAGCCCGGGCGGUCGAGGAUGCCUUCAUGGCCAUGCCGCUGUGCGACUGGAAGAACAAAUCCUGGAGAGGGAGCCAAUGGAAGCGCGGGGAGGCCGUGCGAAGGGACGCACGGUCGUCGCACGAGGCUGGCCCGGCGCUUGCAACUGUUCGUCUUACUAAUCGCACAAACCUGUGCUACGUCAACAGUGUGUUGCAGGCUGCUCAUUGGUUGGGCGCACUCGCCUCUGCCCCUGCAGACUGUUUUGGUCGGCUGCAGGCCAGCUUUCACGUUUUUAGCACAUCGGGGGCUGUUAGGUUGAUAGAUGUACUGGCCCUCAGGCCUUUGUUUCAAUCCUGGGAGCGUGUGCACGACCAGCAUGAUGCAGGAGAGUUCCUGAAUGCCUUUCUGGUCGCAACUCAGUCUGCUGCCUAUCUGUGUCGAUGGGAAGCGCGCACUGACGGGGAGCGCCCCGUGGUUCUCUCAGGUACGCUUGAGCAGCCCCUCACCCUGCCCAUCGCAGGUGCGCAGCCAUACACACUGCAGCGUCUCAUGGAUCAGUGGCAUAUGCAGCACGCCGUGCAUGCAUUGCUUGCGCAUAGAGUGCCUAGGUCGGCACGACACAGGCUGGUGUGUAGGUCGCACCGCGUAGCCAAUUUCAUGACUAGCCUGCAGCUGCCGCGACAUAUGCUCUUGGUGGCGCGUGAGGAGGCAGCUAUCCUCGACAUGCUGUGGACCCUCCUUCCAGAAGGGGUCGAGAUGCCCGCCGAGGACUUCCAACGCAUGCAAAGGCUGCUGGAUGAACUAGCGCUUGAGUUGGUCGGACCGACCGUGGUGCACUACCCUGCACCCUGCUAUGUGGACGAGAAAAGGGCAUCCGCGGCGGAAGCCAUAGCAGAUGCGCAUCUUUGCGAAGGAGCUGGGGCGCUUUGGUCAGCUGUGAGAGAGACGGUCCGAGUCCUCGAGUUCCAAGAGGAUUGUCGCCCCAUUGCAGACGGCCGUAACAUGCAGUUUGGGCUUUACAACAAGGGCGGCCUGGUUGGUAUUGCCAAAUCCACGAGGCAGCAUAUGGCUACCUGUAGACUCCUUAAUGCGGCCAUCCUGGCGGUACAUCCCAAACAUGAAUGGACUACCAUCAUGGUGGGACUGGACAAUGGUACGGAGCUGCACGUGGACAAUCCGAGCACCACUCCAGUCUGCUGCUGGGCCUCACACAUCACAGCGGCGGGGAGCUGUGGGUUCAAAGUGACAGCGGAAGCGUCUAUCUUGAUGCUGUCAUGGCAUGGAGCGCUGAUACAGCGCGUCGUCGGCGACGGCACCGGGGUGCUGGUGCGGAUGCUGGAGGCGCUGGUCCUGGACCACGGGUGGCCCAAUGCAGUACCAAUGGCUGUGAGCGCGUUUAUCGGCAGGGACGGCGCUUUCAUAGACACUGCUGUAGCCUCUGUACUGUUGGGCAGCACACGGAAAGAUGUGAAUUCCAAUGGACCAGACGUCGUGAACAGAAUGAAAGGGGCAGCAUUUCUGUGCACGCGACAUGCCACUGGUUGCGACGAGAGGCAGCAACAUGCACAUGCUAUUUAUGCGGGGCUGCGAAUGCCCGGGAUGUCGCAAGCUGCAACUGGAGGUGAAGGGGGCGUUGAGAAUGACGGCGCUGGAUUUCUUAAUGCUUCAUCGGCUACGGCCUGCUCCUCCGCGGCACCGCAAGAGCACGCCGAUACUGGGAAUACCAGUGUUACAACGGCAAUUUGGGUGUCGAGCAGCUCAACCGACGACGAAGAGUCAAAUGGAGAAGAUCAUGCUGAUGGUGACGGCUUGACUGCCAUGGAAGUGGUCGACUCUCACUACACGGGUGAGUUGACUCAAGCGGGAGGUCAGACCUUCUACCCGCAACAAGGAUCUUCUGCAGAGGCAGCAGCCGCGGAGCCGCUAGUUUUGUUUGAGGUAGAUCUGGAUGCCCUGGACUAA